AUGCGUUUCACAUGCAGCCACUGCGGAAAGGCGUACGCGCGUACAGAGCAUCUCAAACGUCACAUCCAAUCUACGCACCAUUCAACUGAGGCCGACGAAGCCCCACGCAUCUUCAUUUGCGAUGCACCGGGCUGUCAGAAGACGUUCCGAAGAAGUGACGUGCUAGCAAGACACAAACGAGGCCAUGCAACAAGCGACAAUGGGCCCAUGCCGAAAAAGAUCAAGCGAUCCGAUUCGACCUCCUCACCGGUGGAUCAAGCGCCGGCGACGCUCCAAUACGUCGAAACUGGAACCUACCUUUCGCCUCGAGGUGCUUCGCAGCAGUCGCCGAGCGAGACUGCUCAUGUUCAUCCCCAAGUCAUCGCAAAUGGCUGUUUUGCUCAGACAAACGGACUUGCAGGCGGUGCUGUCCAGCCGGUGCAACAGCCUGUGCAGCCUCUUACAGAGCAAGCCCUUCAGCAGCAGCAGCUGGCCGCUCUCGACGUCUCUUUGGCUACCCGCACAAGUGGUAUGGAUGCAGAGUACCUUCCAGACUCGGCUCUGUACGGCUCAAGCGGCAUCUCCUUCUCCUUUGAUGACUGGAACACCCAAGUCUUCGGACAGCAGGACGGCGGAAGGCUCGGAUGGGAUUCGCUCAAUUACAAGAAUCUCACUGGGCUUGACUGGAUCUUUGAUGAUGGCGCUGCCAGCCUCACGGAUGCUUCGGUUCUAUCUGGAGCUAUGCCUUCUACUUUCGAGGAGGACUUUGCCGCCGCCCUCGAUGAUAUUGGCCCCAAGCCACCGGAUUCCCUCUCUCGUGCCAACGAAAAGUUGUUUGAACGGGCUAAGGGCUAUGGUGGCGAAGCAGACCCCUUCGAGUCGCUCGGCCUGAUCAACCUGGCCAACACCGCUAUCGAUCAAGCAAACGGCACCGGCGGUCCAUCUACCAGCGCUGCUGCACGGACGGGGCGCAACCCUGACGACGAUGGCGAGUGGCCUCAAGAUUUUCGCCCGACUCGGCGUCAACCGCCCACUCUCGAGAUUUCAGACUACAUCCUUGCUGUCGAGAUGGAAGACGACAUGGAUGAUCAAAGUGCUCAGCGCAACUUUGAGUCGAGCGAAUCCUUCUCCGAACAAGGCUCCAAUCGCCACAUUCCCCUCGUCUUGAUAGAAGAAUACCCGGGCGAUGAAGCCACAGCGUCCCGAAGCAAGAAUCGCAGCUCACCGACCGCACACGCACGUCAUAGCGAGACAUCUGAUCCUGCCUACCAGAUUACUGGGAAGGCACGUUUGAAUCUACUAGAAUACCUUCGCCACUCGUGCAAACACCCGUGGUCUGUCUACUCGUUCAAUGGAAACGCCGAUCGAUUCCUCUUAACCUCCGAGCUCGAGAUCCUCCUUUCCCUCUACUUCAAGAAAGUGCACCCGUACACUCCGAUCCUCCAUGCCGCCUCCUUUGACCCCGAGACAGCAAGCCCAGUGCUAUUGCUGAUUCUGAUCACAAAGGGUCUUGUCUUCUACGUCUCGGAGAUGCAAGCUCGUGGUGCUCGCACUUCAAGCCUCACACGUUUGCAGAAGCGGGUCAACACCCUCGGCCCCGCAUUUUCCGAAUCUACACGUAUCGGUACGAUGAGCGCAUACGAGGCCGACCAGCGUGGAUUUCUCGACGUCAGCAUCAAUCAGGCCUGGCUUUUGCAGCAGAUGUUUGGCAUCGGCUCUGGCAACAAGCGUCUUUACAAGCUGGCUGAGCGCAAUCGAGGCGGUAUCAUGACCGCGAUCCGUCGCACAGGCCUCCUCAACAUGCCUGGUCUCCGACUCGAUUUCUCCGAGCAACCCUUGGAAAGCAUCGAUGAACAGCUUUUAGAAAGGCGAUGGAGAGCGUGGAUCGACCGCGAGAGCCGGAUCCGACUCGCGUGGUUUGUCUUUCUCUACGAUCAGCUCUACGGCCUUUACAUGGAUAUCUCGCCCAUGUUGCUGUACACCGAAGUCACCUCACCCUUUCCGUGCGAUGAGCAGCUCUGGAAUGCCAAAUCGGCUCGAGAGUGGUACCUUCGUAUUCCGCAACACACCCAGUCGACGCCAAAAGCUUCCUUCAUUGACGUUCUCAGGAAAUUGCUCGACCCUCCAAGACACGAAGACAUUCCUUUGCGCCUCAACCGUCUCGAGGCAUACAUUCUUUCCGUCACUCUAUACCGGAUCCGCUGGGACACCAGCAAGCGCUCAGUGCUGUUUGGGAUGGAAGCCUUUGCCCAUGCCGAACAGGUCACGCUCGGCGAGAAUCACGUCGUCGACGCCGCUUCCGGCACGGUUGCUAUCGACGCUGCUGCGGCUAACGCGCUACAGGGACUCGCCGAGGCAGCCUCGUAUGCGACGGCGUCUUUGACCGGCUCGAGCACGUCGAAUCGUUCAGGCAACCUUGCUAGGCAUUCCAACAUUGCAUUGAGCAUCGACGUUCAGCUUCUGCGCUUCCUAUCUAAGAUGCAUUUUAGCGGUCCUCCCGCCUUUUUCGAUCGGCUCAAGGAUGCGGCCGGAAGGGCGGGCACCGCAAGACGCACGGACGCGGUGGCAGAGCUGCGACGCUGGGUGGUCGAUCCCAAGAAUCACGUCGCCAUGCGAGGGAUGCUUCUGGCUUCUGCUCAGGUCUACGACCUCGUUCGUAAUUGUUUCGAAGCAAUGCGGCCAGACGCAGUCGUGCUACAGAGUCACGUCUGCAUCGUCAGCCUCUUCCACGCCGCCCUGAUUCUGUGGGCAUACGACAAAUUGAGGCCACAUCAACAUGAACCCGUUACAGCGCUGCAUCGAAACGGGCCCCUCGAUCACGCCGCGAGCGAGCUGCUAAAGGCACGCAAUGGGUCUGCGGACGACAUUCUCAAGCUGAGCAGGUCGCAAGCAGAAGCUCUGCCGUAUCUUUCCCCGGCCGCGCUGCGCACUGUCGAAGAGAGCGGCUACAUUGACCUCGUCCGAUCGGGCAGCGAUGUCUCACAAGGCACGGAGAGCGCCGACGAUUGGCACGAGCGGUCCAGCGAAGGCACUAAUGGCUCGAAUUCGAGUUCGAUCUCGGAUUCAACCGUGUCCUCUCGGGUAGUAGAAGCCUGGUCCAUGGGCGCAUAUCGGUCAACGCUGGACGGCAAGCCGCGUCGUUGGAACGCCGCCUCGCAUCUGAUCGUCCGGGUCGCAGGUAUCGGUGAACUUCGCACAGCACGCAAAGACGCGAGCACGACAGCUCAAAUUGCGUCAGAGGGCUCUUCGGAUGCGGGAGGUGAGGUGGAGAACGAAAUGAAAGGGUCGGGGCCGACGACUCCGUCAAAGAUGCGCGGAAGCAAAGAGACGCCAUUCCUGCCUGAUUCGGGCCGAGCCAGAAGUGUGAGGACCUCACAAAUACUGCUUCGCUUUGCCUCGCUACUUCGCAAGCUAGACUGGGGACUGGCUGCAUCGUUCCGAACCAUCCUCGUACACAUGGCUCGGCAAGAAGCAAAGGCAGCUGAAGCCGUCGACCAAAGAGUUCCGGUGGAAGCACAACUUAAGACAACGGUCUGA